AUGUCUCUUUCAAAGGUGAACUUCAAAAUCCUUGACAUAUCCGGCAAGAAUUAUUUGUCUUGGGUUCUAGAUGCAGAGGUACAUCUGGGUGCUAGCUCACUUGAUAAGACUAUUACUAAGGACAAUAAGGAGUCCCAAGAAUAUCGCUCAAAAGCAUUAAUUUUUAUUCGUCAUCACUUAGACGAAUCUUUGAAGUCCCAGUAUCUUACGAUGAAAAACCCGUACACUAUGUGGACAGAGCUGAAGGAUAGUGAAACUAUUACUGAUGCUGAUCUUUUGGAGAAGACUUACUCCACCUUUCAUGCUUCAAACAUUUUGCUUCAACAACAAUAUCGUGAAAGUCAGUUUAAGAAAUACUCCGAUCUUAUCUCUUGCCUUCUAGUAGCUGAGCAGAAUAAUGAGUUAUUACUCAAGAACCAUCAAAUCCACCCAACAGGUUCAACAGUUGCUCUAGAGAUGAACGCUACAGAAAGUCGUAGCAAUGCUCCUAAAAGCCGUGGGAAAGGACACGGACGUUGGUUAGGUCCUGAAAAGCCCAACAACAAGAAGAAGGCUGAUAAUAAUUCCUAUCAUCGGAAGGGGAAGAACAAUGUGUUCCCAAAACACAAAGGCGAAAGCUCACGAAGCCAUUCAAAGCGCUAUGAAUCUGUCUGUCGCCAUUGUGGUUCACCAAGGCACUGGGCAAAUGUUUGUCGUACUGCAAGGCACCUUGUUGAUCUUUAUCAGGCGUCUAUUAAACAAAAGGAAAAGAAGGCUGAAACCAAUUUUUCCCAAUAUGACAUACCAAUGGAUAUUGCCCAUCUUGAUAUUUCUGACUUCAAGAAUGAUGAAAAUGAGAUUGAAGACAUGGAUUCCUUCCUCAAGGAUAUCUGA